AAAGACCUGGGGUGGUAUAUUAUAGUUGAACAAUAAACCCUACUCCCUCUCUCUACCGUCUGCAAGCUCCCAGUUUUCUGACCACUCUCACAGAGAGUUUGACGCGGCUGCGGAACAACAUUCCAAAAUGAAGUUCAACAUUGCGAAUCCCACCACUGGAUGCCAGAAGAAGCUCGAGAUCGAUGACGAUCAGAAACUACGAGCAUUUUGGGACAAGAGGAUCUCACAGGAGGUCAAUGGAGAUGCACUUGGGGAGGAGUUUAAAGGUUAUGUAUUCAAAAUUACUGGAGGCUGUGACAAACAAGGAUUCCCAAUGAAGCAGGGAGUGCUGACCCCUGGUCGGGUUCGCCUGCUUCUUCAUAGGGGAACUCCAUGUUUCCGUGGAUAUGGAAGGCGUAAUGGAGAGCGCAGGAGAAAGUCUGUUCGUGGGUGCAUUGUCAGCCCUGACCUAUCUGUGCUUAACUUGGUAAUUGUGAAGAAGGGAGAAAAUGACUUGCCAGGAUUGACUGACGUUGAGAAGCCAAGGAUGAGAGGGCCAAAGAGAGCCUCCAAAAUCCGGAAACUGUUCAACCUUUCUAAAGAGGAUGAUGUUAGGAAGUAUGUCAACACCUACCGUCGGACAUUUACAACAAAAGCAGGGAAAAAGGUGAGCAAAGCUCCAAAGAUUCAAAGACUAGUCACUCCUCUCACUCUCCAAAGGAAGCGGGCACGGAUUGCUGAUAAGAAAAAGAGAAUUGCCAAGGCAAAAUCAGAGGCAGCUGAGUAUCAGAAACUUCUUGCCUCCAGAUUGAAGGAGCAGAGGGAACGCCGCAGUGAGAGUUUGGCCAAGAGGAGGUCCAAGAUUUCCAGUGCUACCAAGGCAGCUGUAUAGGCUGACUUCCAGAUAUAGAUAUGGUGAAUGUUUUAUAAUACCAAUGUUAUGAUAAACCAUGGUUGAGUUUUUCGGUUACAUUGAGUUACUUAUUACGCAGUGUUAUUUAUUUAAUUAUUCUAACUUUGUCUAAUUCGACUUAAUCGUAUUUUAUGUAUGAGGGAGAUUAAUCAUUC